CCUCUCAACAACCUUGUUUUCCCUCUACUCUUCCUUCCUCCCGUUCAUCUUCUUCCUCUCUCCUUUGAUCCACUAUAAUCUAAUGGCUUCCUCCAUCUCUUCCAAGCCAUUCCUAUCCGGUGCUUUUUCUUCCUUCAAUUCGGAUGGCCGUUAUCUUUCCUCCGCCGUGGUUCAAAUCUCUGUUCGCCCUGGCACUCCCAAGAGACUGCAGAUACAGGCAGCAGGUAGUACCUAUGGAAAUUAUUUUCGUGUGACAACAUAUGGAGAAUCUCAUGGAGGAGGUGUUGGUUGCGUAAUUGAUGGAUGCCCUCCUCGUCUACCACUAUCUGAAGCGGACAUGCAAGUGGAUCUUGAUAGGAGGAGGCCAGGUCAGAGCCGAAUUACUACUCCCAGAAAAGAGACUGAUACGUGUAAAAUAUUUUCAGGAGUUUCUGAAGGAGUUACUACUGGAACGCCAAUUCAUGUAUUUGUUCCCAACACUGAUCAGAGAGGACAUGAUUAUAGUGAGAUGUCAUUAGCUUAUAGACCGUCACAUGCAGAUGCCACUUAUGAUAUGAAGUACGGUGUGCGAUCAGUGCAGGGAGGUGGUAGAUCUUCUGCAAGGGAAACCAUUGGAAGAGUUGCUUCUGGUGCUGUUGCUAAGAAAAUCCUUAAGGAGUUUUCUGGAACUGAGGUUCUUGCUUAUGUCUCUCAAGUUCACAAGGUUGUUCUUCCUGAGGACCUAAUUGAUCAUGACACUCUGACACUUGAACAGAUUGAAAGUAACAUUGUCCGAUGCCCCAACCCAGAAUAUGCAGAGAAGAUGAUAGCUGCUGUUGAUGCUGUCCGGGUGAAAGGUGAUUCUGUUGGUGGAGUUGUAACAUGCAUUGUGAGGAAUUGCCCACGUGGGCUUGGUUCACCUGUAUUUGACAAACUUGAAGCUGAACUGGCUAAAGCUAUCAUGUCACUGCCUGCGACGAAGGGCUUCCAGUUUGGCAGUGGGUUUGCAGGUACUUUUUUAACUGGCAGUGAACACAAUGAUGAGUUUUAUGUAGAUGAACAAGGAAAGAUGAGAACAAGAACUAACCGCUCAGGUGGCAUUCAGGGUGGAAUUUCCAAUGGCGAGAUCAUAAACAUGAGAGUAGCUUUCAAGCCAACAUCUACCAUUGGAAAAAAACAGCAUACGGUGACCAGAGAUAAGAAAGAAACAGAGCUAAUAGCCCGUGGUCGCCAUGAUCCUUGUGUUGUCCCUAGAGCUGUACCCAUGGUAGAAGCCAUGGUAGCUUUGGUUCUUGCGGAUCAAUUGAUGGCACAAUAUGCUCAGUGUAAUCUGUUUCGUGUCAACCCUGACUUGCAAGAACCAUUAUUGCCCGUGUUAGAGCCGGCCGAAGUACCUUUUUGAAAGAAGAUGAAGGUCAUAAUAAACGACUAGAUUUCCAUGGUUGCUAAAUGUGUCAAGGAGCUUGUGAUUCUUAUAUCCAGUCCUCGUGUUUAUAUUUGUAGUGAAAGCGAACAUGAUGUCAAAAAUUCGAUUUCAACAUGCAUCGGACGUGUGGUAUUAUAUGGGGUUUUAACACUAUUGUGUUUGGUUUCAGUUUAUAGUUGAUCAUAUAUCACAUACUAUACAAGCAUAGGGGAAAAAGUGGAAGUUACUCGCAUGUGUAAUUAAUAUCUUUUGUUCUUUAUAUAUAUAUAUAUAUAUAUAUAUAAUGACUGCUCGACCAUAAUAUGAAUAUAUUAUUAUCC